CGUUUGAUCGCGCGCGCAACCUCGGAGUGAGGCCUCUUGACCAGCCGAGCGGUGAGGAAGCGAUCUCGGGGCGGCCGGUGCAGUGACGUCAUCGUGCUGCUGUGGCGGGCGGGCGCUCGUCUCGAGUGAGCGAGCGGGCGAGCGAGCGACAACAUGUCUGCGGGCUCAGGCGGCCCAGCGCCGGGGCCCGGCGGCCCCCCGGCGGCCGGUGUCGGCAACCCCCGCAAGUUUAGCGAGAAGAUCGCGCUGCACACGCAGCGGCAAGCCGAGGAGACGGCCGCCUUCCACGAGGUCAUGAUGGACAUCACGUCGACUAGGCUACAGGCUCAGAAGCUCCGUUUGGCCCGCAACCAGGGUCCGUACUACGGCGGCUCUCUGCCCAACGUCAACCAGAUCGGCAGGGGGCCUCAGGACCUGCAGGGCGCCUUCCCGCCGUCGCUGGAUUCGGCUCGCUCUACGCGUCAUCACGGCCUGGUGGAGCGAGUCCACAGGGAACGUCGCUUCGUGCCGCCCAUCAGACCGUACCGCAACCGCCAAGUGGACAACUCCACCUAUAACUCCGCCUACUUGUCGCCACCCCCGGACCCCACCUGGAGAAGGAAUUGGUCCGCCGGAAUCUUCCCGGGGGAUAAAAGCCACUUGUUACAUCUCCCAACCACUGCGCUCAACAGGACCAACUCUGACUCAGCCCUCCACACCAGCGUGAUGAACCCGCCAUCGGGUGACCCCUUCGCCACAGGAUGUCACACCCUCACAGCCCACGCCGGAAGACGCAACGUCUUUCCGUACCCGGUCCCGCCCAUUGAGGAAAACGUGCUGGAUGAUGCCAAGCUCAUCCACAACAAAGCUUGGGACGCCAAGAAGUUUCCUGUGAUGACCUCCAGACCAAAGUCAUGUGAAGUUCCUGGCAUCAACGUGUUCAUGUCACCCGAGCUACCGUCGGCUCCCGCACACGGCAUCCCGCCGGCCCUCAACAUUAGCGGGUCGCUCCCAGAUCUGUCCAGCCUUCACUUCCCCUCGCCUCUGCCCACACCGCUGGACCAGGACGAGCCUACGUACCCCGGCGGCAGCACGGGCAACCUGGCGUCCACCCUCACCCAGCUGGGCAUCAAUACCAGCAGCGCCGAGGGAGGCAACGGCGCCUUUCAUCAUCAGGCCGGUGUGCCGGGCUCGUUGGGAGGCACGCUGAGUAACCCGUCCCUGCAGUCGUCGCUGAGCAACCCCAACAUCCAGUCGUCGCUCAGCAGCCACUCUUUCAGCAACUCUCUAAGCUCCGCCUCCUUGCACUCGUCACUCAGCAACCCAUCGCUGCAAUCGUCUCUGGGCUCCUCCCCCUCUCUGCCCUCCUCCCUCAGCAGCCAAUCGCUGCACUCGUCCCUCAGCAGCUCCUCCCUCCAAUCGGCCUCCGGUAGCAGCAACCCCGCCUACAGCUCGGGCUCCGCUACCUACACGUCCUCGGUCAACACGUCACCGCGGAGACGGGCGCAACCCUCGCCACUCGUCCUGCCCGUCUUGGGCGGGGACGCCCGGCGACAUCACACCAAGCAGUUCUCGCCCACCAUCUCACCCACGCUGUCCUCCAUCACGCAGGGCGUGCCCCUGGACACGAGUAAGCUGACUCUGGACCAGCGCUUACCACCAUAUCCACUGGGCCAGCAGGCCCCCCACCAGCAGCCCCCCCACCUGAGUCAGCAUCAAGCGCAGAUGGUCCGCCUCCAGCAGACGCCGCCGCAGAACCUGCUCAACGCUCAGCACUUUGGAACGCCGCAGCGGGCGGGCAGCUCUCAGGUCAGCUCGGCACUGGUGAAGAACAACGCCUUGGAGCCCUACCUCCACGGCACCUUGACCUCCCAGUGUCAGCUCAAGCAGGAAGCGGAGCAACAGAGGAGCGGCAACUUCCCUCAAUUGCACUUGACCGCCGACCUGUACAACGAUGCCUUGCUCAAUUCCUUGCUGGACGACUCUUACGUAAACAUGCAGCUCAGCGGCAAAGCCGGCCAGCAGUUCCCCGCCGAGAGCCCGAGUGACGCCGUGGGCCGCAGUGCACUGAGCGGCGGCCAUAAUGACACGCAGAUGCUGCAGCAGUCCUUAGACCAAGCCGUACUCAACCAGAACCAGAAUCAGAAUCACAACUAUGGCGGCGGCGAUUUUCGCCAGAACAUCCCCAACAUCAUCCUGACGGGCGACUCUCCGCCGGGCUUGUCCAAAGAGAUCGCCAGCGCCCUGUCGCACGUGCCGGGUUUCGAGAUGGACCCGUACUCUCUGGACGACCCGCUCCGGAUGGGCGCUCUGGCCCUGGACAUGCUGGAGGGAGACCUCAUGCUGGCCGACCCCGCCGUGGAGGACUCGUUCCGCUCGGACAGACUCAAGUGAGCUCCGGCGCGGGCCGGCGGGCAGACACCGGGAGCGGACGCGCGCCGCGGGGUCAAGACCGAAACUCACCAGCUGACCCUUCCGGGUUGCGAAGGGGUGAAGCGCUUCCGGAACGUGGCCGGUAAAUUUCUACGGGAAGUUAAGAUGGGUAAUUUAGCAAUGAUGUCAAAUUGGAAACUUUCCAUUGGAACCCUUUUUUAAAGGCAGAAUAUGAACUCAUUCACACCCAAAGACGUUUUUUAACGUCUUUUCAGACUUGGUCUAGAUUUGUCUCGUACUGAAUGAGUUAAGCUAUAAAAGCAGUGAACGUACCACAACGAAAAAGAGAC